AUGCUCAACGCCGUCUUUUACCAUGUCUUUUUGUUCGGGAUCCUUUAUCACGCCACUCAUAUAAAGAAAAAAUGGUACAAUUCCCUCAUGAUGUUUUUCCUUAGAAUUCUCUCACUCAAUUAGGCUUCAGGUGACGACGCCCUAGCCAGGCAGGCCGCGAUCCUGGUCUCCAUUAGGGACGCAUUCGCCCCGCCGCUCCCGCCGCCGCUGCGCGCAUGGGCGCUCGCCAACAGUGCCUCGCUCUGCACCUCCUGGCCCGGCGUCGCGUGCGGCCCCGGCGGCCGCCGCGCCGUCGUCUCGCUCGACGUCUCCGGCUACAACAUCUCCGGCGCGCUCUCCCCCGCCGUCGGCGACCUCGCGGGCCUCCGCUUCCUCUCCGCCGCGGGGAACUCCCUCUCCGGCUUGCUGCCGCCGACCCUCGCCGCCCUCCGCGAGCUGCGCCACCUCAACCUCUCCAACAACCAGUUCAACGGCACCCUGGCGGGCAUCGACUUCUCCGCGAUGCGGGAGCUCCAGGUGCUCGACCUCUACGACAACGACCUCGCCGGCCCGCUCCCCGAUCCCGAGAGCGCCGGCCUCGCCGCGCUCCCGGGCCUCCGCCACCUCGAUCUCGGAGGCAACUUCUUCUCCGGCACCAUCCCGCCCGCCUUCGGCCGCCUCCCCGCCAUCGAGUUCCUCUCGCUCGCCGGGAACAGCCUCGCGGGGCCCAUCCCGCCCGACCUCGCCAACCUCACUACGAUGCGCCACCUCUACCUCGGCUACUUCAACCACUUCGACGGCAGCAUCCCCGCGGAGCUCGGGAGGCUCGCCAACCUCGUCCACCUCGACCUCGCCAGCUGCGGCCUUCAGGGCCCCAUCCCUGCCUCGCUCGGCGGCCUCGCAAGGCUAGACACGCUCUACCUGCAGACGAACCAGCUCAACGGCACCAUCCCGCCGUCGCUCGGCAACCUCACCGGCCUCAGGUUCCUCGACGUCUCCAACAAUGCGCUAACCGGGGAGAUCCCUCCGGAGCUCGCCGCGCUCAGGGGCCUCAGGCUGCUCAACAUGUUCAUGAACCGCUUCCGCGGCGGCAUCCCGGACUUCGUCGCCGACCUCGACUCCCUGCAGGUCCUGAAGCUGUGGCAGAACAACUUCACGGGGGCCAUUCCCGCGGCGCUCGGCCGCGCCGCGCCGCUCCGGGAGGUGGACCUCUCCACGAACCGCCUGACGGGGGAGGUGCCGCGCUGGCUGUGCGCGCAAGGCCGGCUGGAGAUCCUCAUCCUGCUCGACAACUUCCUCUUCGGGCCGGUGCCCGAGGGGCUCGGCGCCUGCCCGACGCUCACGCGGGUGCGGCUGGGCCAGAACUACCUCACCGGGCCGCUCCCGCGCGGCUUCCUCUACCUGCCGGCGCUCACCACCGUGGAGCUGCAGGGCAACUACCUGACGGGGCGCCUGGAGGAAGACGACGCCAGCGUCCCCGCCAAGCUGUCGCUGCUCAACCUCUCCAGCAACCGCUUCAACGGAUCGCUCCCGGCAUCCAUCGGCAACUUCUCCGCGCUGCAGACGCUCCUCCUCAGCGGGAACCAGCUGGCCGGCGAGAUCCCGCGGCAGGUCGGCCGGCUGAAGCGGCUGCUGAAGCUGGACCUGAGCGGCAACAACCUGACGGGCGCGGUGCCUGGCGAGGUCGGGGAGUGCGCGUCGCUGACGUACCUGGACCUGAGCGGCAACCAGCUGUCCGGCGCGAUCCCCGAGCGGCUGGCGCAGAUCAGGAUCCUCAACUACCUGAACGUGUCGUGGAACAUGCUCAGCGGCAGCAUCCCGCGGGAGCUGGGCGGCAUGAAGAGCCUGACCGCCGCCGACUUCUCGCACAACGACCUGUCCGGGCGCGUGCCGGAGAACGGGCAGUUCGCCUACUUCAACGCGACGUCGUUCGCGGGCAACCCGCGCCUGGUGAUGGGCGCGCCGCGGCUGUGGGCGGGGCCGGGCGGCGGCGGCGGGACGCAGCAGCAGCAGCAGCAGCAGCAGGGUUCGUCGUCCCCGUCCUCGUCCCUGCUGGUGGGGCGCCUGAAGUUGUUAGCGGCGCUGGGCCUGCUGGGCUGCUCCGUGGCGUUCGCUGCGGCGGCCGUGGCGACGACGCGGUCCGCCAUGCUGCGUCGGCGGGGCCGCGGGCGGUCGCCGUCGCCGGGGCGGUGGCGGAUGACGGCGUUCCAGAAGGUGCCGUUCGGGUGCGAGGACGUAGUGCAGUGCGUGAAGGAGAACCACGUGGUGGGGCGCGGCGGCGCCGGCGUGGUCUACCGCGGCGAGAUGCCCGGCGGGGAGCUGGUGGCAGUGAAGCGCAUCGUGGCGGCCGGCGGCGGCGGGUUCCAGGCGGAGGUGGAGACGUUGGGGCGGAUCCGGCACCGGCACAUCGUGCGGCUGCUGGCCUUCUGCAGCUCGUCGUCGAGGGACGAGGCGAUGCGGCUGCUGGUGUACGAGUACAUGGUGAACGGCAGCCUGGGCGAGAUGCUGCACGGAGACGGAGGGGAGGCGGAGGGCCGCCACCCGCUGACGUGGGCGGCGCGGCUGCGCGUGGCGACGGAGGCCGCCAGGGGGCUGUGCUACCUCCACCACGACUGCUCGCCGCCGAUCCUGCACCGCGACGUCAAGUCCAACAACAUCCUCCUGGACGCGCGCAUGGAGGCCCACGUGGCGGACUUCGGGCUGGCCAAAUUCCUCCGCGGCAACGGCGCCUCCGAGUGCAUGUCCGCCGUCGCCGGAUCCUACGGCUACAUCGCGCCAGAGUACGCGUACACGCUGAAGGUGGACGAGAAGAGCGACGUGUACAGCUUCGGCGUGGUACUGCUGGAGCUGCUCACGGGGCUGCGGCCCGUGGGGGAGCACCUCGGCGAGGACGGGGUGGACCUGGUGCAGUGGGCGCGCGCCCGCACCGGCCCCGGCGGCGGCGGCGUGCUGGGGCUGCUGGACCCGCGCCUGGGCGGGGACGUUCCCGCGGCGGAGGCGGCGCAGGUGCUGUUCGUCGCCAUGCUCUGCGUGCAGGAGCACAGCGUGGAGCGCCCCACCAUGCGCGAGGUCGUCCAGAUGCUCCAGCAGGCCAAGCACCACCCGCCACCGGUGCCGCCGCCGCCGGCGGCAGCUCCGCCAGACGCCUGCUGACUGGCUGGCAGUAUGCAUGGAUGGGUCGUCGCUGUCGUAAAGGCAUGCGUGCAGACCUCGCCGGCCGGCCGGCCCAGAGCCAUGCACAUCGUCCUGACCACAUCUGUACACUGCAUGCCACGGCUGUUAGCAUGCAUGCACGGUCUUGCCAUGUCUCCCGGCCGGCGGUCGGCGGCGGAGGCCGCCAUUGAAACAUACUGACAUACUGUACGUGCUAUGCAAGUACAGUGCCUAUUGUCUGGGCACUGCCACUGGCUGUAGCCUGUAGGUAGCUGCCGGCAUGGUCGUCUAUGUCUUCACCGGCGCGGCGGCGCCUGAGCUGAGCGAGGAGCCGAGGAGGCAUGCUGACAUGCAUGCCGCCGCAGGACAGCAGCAUGCAGGGGCAGGUCGCUCUCGAGCCGCAGGGAUUCGGAGGCCGGAGGCGGUGGACAUUGUUCCAUUGUUUCGCUUCUCCCUUCGUCGUCGGCAUCUGCCAUGCAUGCACGCCCGCAGUGUCCCUGUCAACGAUAAGCGGCGCUCUUGUCUCGGUCCACGCUUUCUUCUUUGCAUUGCACAUACGACAUAGUAUGUGGCCCCCUCUUUGUCUUGGUCCGCCGGGAAUGUCUUGGUGUGAAACCCGUUUAACCAUUUGCGGCAAGUUGGAGGCGCAGGCGGCUCCUUGAUGUCACGACGUUUGCAUCCCCCCUUUGUGCCUUUUUUCUUUCCAUUGUAUCUUUUCCUUCCCACCUUCUUUUCCUUUUCUUUUCUCUCCUUUUUGCUAUCUAUAUCGAUCUCUAUAAAAAAAUACCAAAGUUGUUUUAGGAGAAAUUAUUUAAAAAUAGUUUUCCACUUGACAUGCUUGUUUGCAGAAGUUGUUCAGAGGACGUGUUUCAAGAAGUUCUCCAUGAUGUAAUAGAGAUGCAGACAUGUAAUACACACAUGUAUGUUCAUCCUUAGAAAAUA